CAGAUGCAUAUAGCUGCUCAACCAAAAUUACUUUUUGUUCGUCAAGAAAAUAACAAAAAACAACGACAGAAUGAUUGACUCUGCUCACUUAGCCAGCAAAAAAUCAACCAUUGUUCAUAACUACAUCAAACUAAAAAAAUUGUUUCUCUAACUUUGACCACAAAAUAUUAAACAAUACAAAACAAUAGCUAUGGGUGCAUGUUCUUCAAGCGAGGCCAUUAAUGGUAUGACCAGUCCGCGACUUAUCUCGGAGAAGGAAGCAGUCUCGAAGCGUGAUCAAAUUCCUUUUUUCAAGCUGAUAGUUGUCGGAGAGAGCGGUAGUGGUAAGACGACAAUCAUUAACGCUAUCUGUGGCAAGAGUCUAACGUCUUCAGUAAAGGCUACAAAAACUCCUCUAACUUCUAAUUUUGAAUAUAACCUCGCCAAGGAUUCAAUGAAGAUCGGCAUCUCUGUCACCGAAGUACCGCCGGCCACUCCAGUCAAAACGAAACAAUUUUAUUAUCAAGACUUAGACGGUGCAAUACUGGUAGUUGACCUUUCGGAUUCCUCGUCGUUGAGACUGAGUGGAACCUGGAAAAGAGACAUCUUAACCAAAGCCACUCAAAGUGAUGUUAAAACAAGCAUCAAACACACAUCAUCAUCUCAACACAGCCAAAAAUUGAGGAAAAAAGGAAAAUCAGAUGGUAAAAGUGUGAACAAGAAAAGCUCACGCGGUGAUGACAUCAUAAAUGAUGUAAUGAAUAUCCUUACGUCAGAGGACGAGGGGAGCAGUGAACUCGGCAGUGACAUUGAGCAGAAAGUUUCCGGAGUUGAGAAGCACUCUGAUUUUCCGAUUCUGUUAAUAGGUACAAAAACAGACCUCAUACCAGCAGACAAAAGCGACUCAGCAAUUGACAAUUUAAAGAACUGUUCUCUGAAAGGAGGAUUCACCGACUCAGUUGCAGUAUCACGCAAAGACGAAUCUGCAGUGCAAACAUUCACGAUCACUAUGAAUUCAUUCUUCCACAGAUUAGUUCAGAAACGAGCUGCAAAACUGUUGAAAAAUAAUUCGAAAGCAACUAAUCCAGGUUUUCCGAGUGUUGUGAAACAGAAGCCGCAAAACGAAGGCGAAAAAUUUCAGAUUUACGAAAACUCGAGUGAAAUUUCGCAUUCUUCUUCGGCUCUUAAUCUGACCUCUUCCACUUUGAACUUCUCGAGUCCAGAGUCGGCCAGACUGGAAAACGAAACUGACUUUGAUCUUCUUCUGAGCUCACGCACUCCCAGGAACAGGCCUGUCAGUGCGCAACAUCAGUUCUUCCUAACCGGUUCAACAGAUCUGGAUGUUUUCCUGCUGCAAACAGAACCAAUGAUGGCCAGAGUGGCAGAGAUGAGGAUCCGUCUCGAAAAGCAGAAAGUGCACUUGUGCGAAACAUGCUACGAGUCUGGGGUUGUCAAGUCACAAGGCAUACCAGUGUUAACUUGUAUUACUGCUUUAAGAGAUCAGACUGCGGCCACUAAACCGAUCGAACUCCGUUCCCGUGGAUCUUCUGGUGUAUUUGAGUUGUUAAUCUCGUCUUCUGCCCCGCCCAAGUACAGACAGGUGGUGAAUGGAGUCAUCAACUCCCAGCUGCUCAAAGUGUGUGGGGACAUAGAGCGGGAGUUCCCCAUGAUCAGUCACGCAUUCAUCAACGCUGAAGAGAAACUCAACAAGGAGUCAAAGAAUGCGUGGAAUCUUGCUAUUAUGGGCGUGAAAAAUUCAGAAGAGAUUCAGGACAUGCAAUCAGCCAUUGACAAGAACCAGACCAUGUUGUUCUCAUCACAAGAACUGGCGAGAGAAAUCCUGUCUGAAGUUCGCGAUCUAAACAGAAACGUGAAGCUCUUAUUCUCCACAGACACAGACACUAUUCGUUGAAUAAAUAGUGAAUCGCAGCAAUUUUUCAAAAAAAAAAAAUUGAGGUUUAAACUGAUUUUUUUUUCGGAACUGCAAAUUCCAUUCUAUUUUAGGCUUUAAAAAGAACACUCGCCUAAAAACAGCAAGCGAUGGCCCAGUAAAAGCAAUUAUUGCUGAGUUUUCAUUCUCUAUAUGGUGCUGUUUUACAUUUGAUUUGGAUUAUUAUAGCAUGAUUUUUGCAAAAGAUACCACUAAAAGUAAUCUACUAAAAAAUAAUAGUAAUUUUUUUUUGGUAGACUAGUUUUAGCGGUAUCUUUAAUUAUGAUGAAUGAAUCAAUUGGCCAAUACAAAAUAUAACGCAUUUUUUUUGGAAAUUUAGUGAUGAUAGUCUUGCUUCUGCAAAAAAAAGCUGAAUCGAACUGCCAACAGUGCCAUUCCUUAAAUUGUUCUAUAUCAUAAGAUUAAAUUAAUGCUGUAAACUUCGGAGCCUGCGUUUUCAUAAUUUUUCAAAAAUGUGUCUGAUUAAUAAAUAACCUUUGCAAUCACCAUUAAAAUCGACAACAGCUUUCAAAAUCAUCCCUGCUGUUUCUAGUUUCUAAAUAGGCGCAGAAGUCAUCAAUUGAUCGUUUUUGUGGAUAUAGUUUCAAUUUCCUUAGCUGAUUACGAUUGCAAAUAACCUCCAAAGCCAUCAGAGAUCAUUUAUAAGCCCACCUUCAACUAUUAAAUUGAACCCAAUAAAUAAUACUGCAACUGUCAU